GACAAGAUAAUGAAAAAGUUUGAGCAGUAUAUUGAUGAAGUGUUGAAGAAGUCCAUUGACUUUUCGGAGAUAGCAAACAAAGUGAUCGAGGAAUAUUUAAAGCAAAUGUCAAAUGUUCUCACUGCCGAGGAAAUAGAAACUCCAAUGCCAGCAUACAUUACAUUCUCGGAUUCUCCGCUCGAAGACUGUUUGUGUGGGUAA